UAAGUUAUAUUUCAUACUCUUCCGGUAUAAUCGGAUAUACUAAUUGCAAUAAGAAAAUUCACUUAUAAUGGCAGCUUUUAUUAACUUUCUGUUGUGGGUUUAUUAUUUAUUUUUAACCACGAGAAAGACACCUGAUCGCAAGUUUGAGGUGAUAUGGAAUGUGCCUUCAGAGAAAUGUAACACAAGGUAUGGUGUAGAUCUUCCUUUAUCACAGUUUAAUAUUCGAUCGAACAGGAACCAGUCAUUUUCAGGUGAUUUAGUAACGCUUUUUAAUGAACCUACUCCAGGACUCUAUCCUGAAUUCUUACCGAACGGAACGGCACAGUACGGUGGUUUGCCACAGCUGGUUAAUCAUACCAAACACUUGAUGAAAAUAAAGCUGGACGUCAUAAACAAAAUCACAGAGAGCUCGUUUGGCGGGUUUGCUGUUAUCGAUUGGGAAGGUUGGGUUCCUAUUUUUGAUCGCAACAAAUACAGUCAUACUCGAACGAUCUACAUUAACAAAUCUGAGGCACUGGUUGCCAAACUUCACCCUGAAUGGAACCCAUCAAGAGUAAAAAAUGAAGCAAGGAUUCAGUUUGAAACCAGUGCAAGAACGUUGAUGCAGGAAACAUUAGAAUAUGCUACACAACUGAGACCAACAGGACACUGGGGAUUUUAUGGGUUUCCAAGAUGUUACAAUUACAAGAAAGGACAGAAAAGCUGCCCAACGAACGAUAUGGAAUACAAUAACGAACUGUGUUGGUUAUUUGCAAAAAGUUCUGCGAUAUUUCCUUCGAUUUACUUGCCUGAAAAGUUUGGUUCAGAUGAAGACAAGCGUAUUAGAGUUUCCGGAAUCAUCGCCGAAGCGAAGAGAAUGAAAACGAAAUGUUCAAAAACAUCAACUUCAGUACUAGCUUACUCUCGCUAUCGAUAUCGGGAUACUGAACAUUUUUACUCAAAGGCAGAUCUAAAGAAUACCAUUCAGCAAAGUUACGUCACUGGUUUGGAUGGUGUUAUAUUGUGGGACACCUCUAAUAAUUUUGCUGAUAAAUCUGCCUGUAUCAAUCUGAAAUCAUACUUGUUAAAUGUUCUUGGGCCUUUUGUUAAAAAUUUGACAAGAACAUAAAAUUAAAACGACAAUUCAUAGAUAUUGAUGAUGGCAGGAUAACUCGAGUUAGAAAAUAUUUGACCGGCCAUUCAAGUUAAAUGACAAAAAGAAAUAAUCUUUUUAAAGUAAAGUCAGCUUGAAAAUGAAUAUCGUGAGCCACACUGGCAAUGUUGGAAAGAUAGUUGUGCAUGAAAAAUAAAAGUCUAUACAUGCAUAAUGUGU